UAUCACACAUGUAUAGUGCAUGCCUGUACACCAGAAGAAUUGGUCCAGAGUUUCAAAUAUCAACGGAAGCUAAGUUAUAGCUGGGAGGGGGGGUGAUUUCUGCUGUUCAUUUUCAGAGUUGGUCUCUUUACAAAUUUUGGUACAAGUUGUUGUGUAAUGUCACAAAAGGCAGUGCAUAGUUUAGAUUGAAAUAGAUUGUGAGUGCUUGUAGAGUACAUGUACAUGUAUAGAAUUUCGAAUGGACUUUGAAACUCACUGUGCAUGAGUUACUGGUGUCAGUAUUUCAGUGUCAUUCACUAUGGAGCUGUCCAACAGUGUACAUCAUGUAUAUUGUUGGUGUUGAUUUCAAGUCCUUGAGUCUUACACAUGGAAGUGGCUGGCAUCAAGAGUUCAUUUUAGGACAACUUUUGUGAGAGUGCUGGGAAAAUGGGCCUCUAUAGAUGCAUUUAUCCAUUUAGAAACGGGAAGAGACGAUGCUCUGACAGGAUGCGCCAGCCAGCACUCUCCUCCUGAAGGAAGCAAUCCUUGUUGGCAAUCCAUUUAAGUGUCGGGUGACGUCGUGUACAAAGGGGGUAAAUUACAUCAUUAACCAGGGACAGUGAGGGAGCUGACCAUGGAUGUGAAAUAGCAGAGUUCCAGGAGCGUGACCCCAGUAGUUAUGGCUAUGUUCCAUUAGGAGAUCAUCAAUGCCUCGUUUAGGCCUGCACACUAAGGUUUGAAAGCACACUCAGUCUUGAGAGAUGCCUGACACUGCAUACUGAUCAGAGGCCUAUGAACAACACUUCUGGCCGGACAGCGCCCAAGAUGAAGAGUGUUCAGCUGAGUGCCGACUUGCCACCAGCCGACUCCCACAUCAUGCUAACCUAUAACAGUCUGCCAGCCAGGCCACACCGGGCCAUGCCCAGGAACAAGACAGGGAUUUAUUUGGGCAGCGAUGUACCUCCAAAUUCCCCACGUAUGUACCACACUGUCCCCCCUUUGGCCAGGCCACGGGGAACAUUAUUCAGGCCACGCACACCCACUGACAAAAGGAGACGGGCUUACGCAGAACCAGGCCAGGCAGGCUUAGAGCAGGGCGACAGGCAGGGUUUACUGCAGGUUAGCAUCAGGCCGGUGCAGUUGACUGACGAUCCCGAUUGUCUCUCCACUCCCCUCCUCUACCUCUACAAACACCCCUGUCCCGCCCCCAUGGCCCUGCCUUAUGCUCCUCCCAUGAUCCUCCGCCUUCCCAUCCUCCGCCCCAAGCAGCAGCAGCGAGUGGAGGCGCUCCGGGUUAGGGAGGAGCCGCGAGGAUUCCAUCCCCAGCCAGUGAGGAAAGCCAAACCCAAAGUCAAGCAAGAUGACUCUCAGUCACUGACGCCAAACAAUGACCAGGCGCCAGUUCUAAGGAAGUCGGCCAGGAAUUUUGUAGCCGCAGCCAACAGCGGUGUGACCCACCUUGAAGACCUGGGGCUGGAGGAACUGAGCUUGCGCUCGGUCAGCACAGGCCGAGAGUCCAGCAUUCCACCGUCCAUUGUCGAGGACAUCCAGAACACCAACAGGAGAAUGGUGGGGCUGGAGGAAUGCUACAGUAAAAUUUGCAAGGGCAAUCUGUCAAGUUUGCAGAGUCUCCUUCCUGCCAGGAAAGCAGCGGGGGCAACGACAGGCAUUAGAACAAAGACAGUGGCAACACCACUGACAAUCAGGAGUUUUCGAAAUCCGCGGAGUCCCCACUCCGUGGUGCAGUACAGUGACCUGAGGCACAAGUCAAAAGGCACAGGGGCAGCUAAGCCCCCUGUGCCUGCCCCUUACUACUACAGCAGCAAAGGCUUGCCCAACACCACCGAUGACGGCGGCAGUAAAGUCAGGCUGACCCGCUUGCCUGCUUCCAGCCGAAGCACAGAGAGGGUUCUAGCUGCCCCAGGGGUCGGGACAAUCAGUCAGUCUGCAUUGAGCCGGCGGGCAGCCAGUCUUCCCUCGGACCCACCCCCAGGCAUCGAAGGAAUCCCUCCACCUAGCCUAAACAGUAACGCCAAGUUCAUGGACUCAGAGGACCACUAUGCGCAUAAGGACGGCUUCAGAGUACCGAGCGGUACCCCUGCAGUCUCUGCCACGGACCUUCACAAGAUGGGCAGUUCAUCGAGUCUCAGUGAUGGACGCAAAAACUCCUCACCCCAAAACCCCCGGCAUCCCGUCAGCUCCGAGGCGCAGCCAACUGUGGCACCACCAGCCAGCCCUGCCAGCACCCGUAAGUUUGACCCAUCGACCGCCAGCAACAAAAACAACUCCCACAGCAUCCCCACGGGCCUGACCAACGGCCACGGGUCAGCUAGUGAGUCUGCUAGCGACCUUGACGAGCCAAGGCCUGACCCUUUCAGCGCCAGGAGCGAGGAGGGGUCCAGCCGGAGCAGCACCCUUACCCAGGGGGAUGCCCCAGGGGAUACCCAGGGGGACACCCAGAGGGGCAGGUUGUCCCUGUCUUCCGUUACCAUUGUGGUAUCAGUUGAGAAUGACAGUGGGGAGAGUCAUGUGGUUGAUCUAGAGGAGACAGUGGAAACGGAAUAUGAAGGUGAUAGCCAAGCCGGGACAUCCAACGAGGACUCUGAGCAGCUGAUUCACGAGUGGCAGGAGGCUUCGGAGAAGAAGCAUGCCGAGCUACAGAGGCUUCUGGAGGAACACCAGGAGAUUGUCUCCCACAUUGAGGAGCUGGAGAAGAUGACAGAGCAGGCAGGAGGCAGCAGCCGUGAGGCUGAGCAGGAGGGGUAAGCCAUCGGCCUCCCCUCACCAGACUCGGUCAUCGCUACCAAUCAGAAGAGUAGGACACUUUACCAGAGAUUAUUUCAUAUGCCCUUAUUUUAUCACUUAGCCAUACAAUUAACACAAAACCCUUGAGAUGUGAUUUUUUUUCUAAUCAUAUUCCAAAUCUUUAUGCUUUCUUGGUGACAAACUGGAUGAAAUUUAAACAUGGCUUUACAGUUGAGUGACUUUGUUCUCACUUGGAUCAUCAACCCUGGUUGUAAUUUCUGGACAUGAGGACCCUCUGCACAGGAAUAUCCUCAGCAGAGACAGAGAUGUCAGACAUGUGAUUAUCAUUGCCGCUGAGCACACCCUGUACCUCAACACACGGGGGGCUUGUGCACAUUCCAAUGAAAUUUGUUCUGCACGCUAUGCACGAUACCGAUUCGUGCACAGCAGAGGGUGGAAGCACUCUUACAUGUACAAGUUCUGGCACUGGACAGUUCUCCACCAUUCAACUUUACUUGUCCAAACCAAAUGGGAGACACUGCACAUGAUGGCUCAUCUUACUGUGACCGUCAACAGACUAGCUAGUGAUAUUUGAACACUAUUGAGUCUAAUUUUGGGAUCCUACCGGAGUGUUAAAAUGAGGGCAUGUGAACUACAAGCAGUUGUCAACGACAAUCUUGAAUUCUUAAACUGCAUGUUUAUCUUCCUAGAAAGGAAUUAAUCAGUAUUUUUGUACCUGAUAUGCUUUUGUUUACUCAAUGUUUAAUGGCCAGAUUUUUCUCUGAACAGUUGUGGCUGCACCUUACCUCAGAAAAUCCUAACAAAUGCUGUGAACAAAUAAUUGAUUUGUCCUGUGUGGCCUAAAGAGGUGAACCUGCAUAAGCAAAGCACCCUGAAAAUGUUUCUGCAUUCUGUUGAGACUUCACCGAGAGUGUCAGUGAUUUAUAGGAUGUAGGAGAACCAGUGUAAUGUUACCGCUGUAUUACUUCGCUGUGUGUUAUUAUGAUGUAACUUCAUGUGACUGGCCAUGUGUGUUUCUGCUUCUUUAAUAAGAAUAUUUAUUACGCUUGUUAGUCUUGAACGCAGUCUGAUUUGCCUUUGUUAUUAAAUUGCUUGCUUAAAGCUGCAAUUGAGACUUUUCUUUUUUUCACAUUGAUCUUUUUUAAUCAUUCAAGUGGGAAUUUGUCAUUUUAUCAAUAAAGGCUGAAAUAGAACAUGUAGAUAUUCGAGAAAGAGUUCAAACAUUUGUUCAGGGAGGUCAGUUCAUUCGCUCUGUGGUUUACCACUGUUGUUUUUAAUUUUGUUAAGGUUGUUUCUUUUUCAUUUCUUGGUAAAAUUUGUUAACAUGCUUUCGGGUCAACCUUACCAGUAACUGUAUUCCUAAAAGUCCAGUAUUGUACAUGUUUAAAAUCAUUUCAUGAUAAUUCAGUGAUAAAUUUGAAAAGAUACCUAUUUAGCCCAGAGUGGUAUUCAGGGCUGACCUUAUGUUCAUGUUGGGGGGGUUUAAAUAGAAGCUUCCAAAGUACAGUAUUUCAUUUGGAUACGUUUGGCUUGUUAUAGCGGUAAACCAAAGUUGUAACAUAGCUAAUGUGCUGAUUUUUGUUAUCCCGAAUUGUGGAGUUCAUUUGAGCUGUCUUAAAAUCGGUUGCUGAGGGUACUUUACAAUCAGGAGGGUGCCUCUUGUGAAAUAAACUGCUUUGUUUAGAUCACGCAUCCUGUAUUUUUCCCCGUGAAAUGUGAAGUAAGUUCUGUGAAUGUUCAUCUCGGGCAACUCACUUUCUUAAUUGCUGUGACUUUUUGUCAUUUUUGUGAUGAGAGGUGAUGCUCAUUUGUUUCCUCUCCUACUGUCAGAUGCCUCAUGAUUCACGUGGUUGUUCACGUGGCUUGUCUGUUUUUAAAUGUGAGAAGAAAAUCCGUCCAGAACUGUCACCGGUUAUGACAUUGCAAAGGGAAUGUGAUAUCUGUGCGUCAUUGUGUGUCUUUGUAAAUAUUUUUACUGCCAUAUGUCUUAUCAGAGUUGUAGGGGGAAGUUGCCAUUCAAAAGCUGUCCAUAAAUACAUUGGGAAAAGUGAUCAUUGGGUGUCUUGUGAAUUGACGAUAUAAAUAUAACUGCCUCAACGUUUUGUUUUGUGUUAGUUUUGUUGUUGUUGUUGUUGUUUUGUUUUGGGGGGGGUCUUUUUUUCUGUCAGGGGUAAUUUUAGGUUACUUCCCAAUCACCAUCACCAGAAAAUUACCUCACAAUUUGAAGUAAAUUGUUUUUUUGAUCUAUUAGAAAUCAAUACAAAGGAAUUCACAAAGGCAACAUAAUAAAUUUGAUUAAUGCAUGUCCUCCAAAGGGAAACCCUGUAACACUGGCAUCAUCUUCGAACUUUUAACUCGUAAGGAUUUUUUCAACAAGCCCUUUUCCGUACUGAGAUGGGGAACACUGUACGUUUUUAGGAUCGACUGAGUCUGUGUUAAUUAAGAACUUGGAUUUCAAGUCAAAUUUAGCUUUUGUAAAUGUCACGAAUACACUUCACUUGGCGAAAAGUAAAUCUUGCCUUUUUGAUAAUGAAAUUUUAAACUUAAUGAUAUAAUCUAUGCAUUGAUAUUUUGCAAUUGAAAAGGAGCCUUUGGUUUUGUCCCAUUUUUGGACCAAGACAAUUAUAUUCAGUGCAGGGAAGAAAAUGAUAUUGGAAAUCAGUACGCUUGGUGUUCGUGCCUAUAGCUCUGUCUAUUGUUAAUACUUAAAUGUAUACCGCACUUGAAAAAUUAAAACGUGGUCGUCACCUUUCAA